UACCAAAAGCGGUAACUCCGAGCUACACUCGGGCUUACCAUGCGGCGUUGCUCAGGGAUUCCCUGCAGAGCUUACCUUGUCCUGCGCUCCCGCGAUGUGUCCCCUGCAGCGUCCCCGGCCAUCUCCUCCAGCCGAUGCCGCAUCCGGAUUCUGUGUUCCAGUCCCUGUGACGUCGGGACGUACGGCCGCCGUCGCCGCCGGCGGAAAAAUUUGAAAAUUUAAAAAAAUGUCAUUUUUUUCCACACAAAUUUGUCCCUACUGCUUUGUCCUGUGCCCUGCCUGCAUUGUGUCUGUUCUUUCUG